AUGGAAGAGCGACGAGAUGUAGGGAGUGACGAAAAGGCAUAUAAUACCGAAGAAAAAAAUGAUGUAAUACUGUUGCCAUUUAUCCCCAGAAAAGGAGCUGCUUAUAAGACAGAAAAUACCAAUUCGCUAAAACCUAGUGACGAAGCCAUUGAUCAGAAAAGUCAGAAAAAAGUAAAGAAAGUGAAUAUGAUACCACCCCUGGAUUUGCUAAUAGACUUGGAGCGGAAGAUCUUACAUAAUUUGAAGGAUAGAAAGAAUGAUACCUUAAUAGACGAUUUAGUCAGGUGUUGUGCACUAACAAGGAUAAUACAUGGUGAUGACAGCUAUGAGCUUGCAGAGAAUUACGUGCGAUUAGCCCAUGUAUAUUUGCAACUUAAAGGACUAGUGCAACAAUCUAUAAUGCACGCGCAACGAGCAAAUGAUAUCAUUGUCCGUGGAAAACAACUCGGUUUAAAUUUCAAUGAUGAUCGUAAAUCGGUCCUACCCUUAACAAUUGGAAUCUACUACGUACUUGGAGUUGCAUAUUUACGUCGAAAUAGAUAUCUGUGA